AGCUUUUCACCUGUUAUUAAAUGGCAUUAAUUAUAAUGUCUGUAUACCUUCAAAGCUCAGCGCGAUAGAACCAUUUAGUUCGACACUUCGAAGGCUCCAUUCCACAAAUGUCUCAAGCUAAGGGGUCUUCGUCCUCUAGUCGGCUUCCUACUGGAGCGACAACAACGACCUCUAGCACUUCUAGGCCGACAACUAAUGCCACAACGCCCCUCUUGCCGCCCAUUUUGGAGCCGCACUACUAUUACACGACUACCUCAGCAUUGUCUAGUUCUCUGGUAGCUGGGUCCAACAUGGUCAUGCCGACUGAGGAUAUUCGUCCUUCCGGAGUACGCAAGUCAUCUAGCCAGACGAACAGUAGGUUCGGAUUCUACUCCGCGCCUGGCGAACCCCGUUUACUAGGGUCAUACGGGUAUACAAGCCCGGGUUAUACGGAGUUGCGGCCUGCGGCUCCUGCUGCGCGGGUCGCCACGAAGCCGCAUGGACCUACAGCCGCGGGCGUAGGCCUUCGCCCGCUGCGAAAGGGCAUGUCGUUGCUAACGGAGAAGGACCUUAAAUUCCUGAAAGACCGCGAUGCCGAAAACCAGCAAGUAUUUGACGUGUGGAGCCAGCGCAAGCAUUUGGAGUACACGCUGGAGCAGGAGGAACAGGGAAGGCGAAGAGCGGAGGCGGAGGCGCGCUUCGAGGCUCGUGAGCAGCUGGGGCAGGAGGUCAAUGACACAGCCGUACGGCAGUGGACGCUGCGCAAACAAACACAGCAGCGGCAGGAGGCGGAGGAGAACUACCUCAAGCAGAUCAAGCUCAAGGCGCUGCAUGCAUACCGCCAGCGCAUUAACAACCUGUACGAGACCAAGUGCAGGAAGCUGGAGCAGGGAUUCGCGGUGCGGUCGGGUGCCGCCAUGCUGGCGCCCACGUUUGAUGCCUACCUGCACUCCGAGCCCAGCAGCAGGUCGGGCGGCUCGCGGCAGCCGGGCAAGGAGCACUCAACAAACAGCUACAGGUCGCUUCUAGAGGAGGCGGACCGGGAAGGAGACAACGAGGCGGCGCUGUUCGAGAGCCUCGGCAGCACCCACCCCGUGCUCGCAGCAGCAGCCCAACGCACCAGCGGUGAACUCAGCAUGUCCCCGUCUCCGUCAUGUACCCUCGUAUCUCCCGGCGGCACUGCCGGUGGCCUGGGCGGCGCCGGCAGCCCCGGCGACAUCUCCCUGGAGCCCUCCUUCGCCUCCGUGGCGCGCAACAGCACC